UAGUAAUGUGUAGCAGUGCUGAUAGCUGUCGUACAGUAGGAACUGCCUCCCACACUGUGUACCUAUGUGAGAGAGCUGUGAUACCCUCCCACUAGUAUGUUCUACCCUCAGAUGAAGGGCAGUGAAUGACAAGUGAGAAAACUCAUUCACAAAAAUCUGCUACACUAGCAGUGAUAUGAUGGAAGCUGGUUAUAGGUGGUGUACAGACCUCAGGUGUUAACUGUUACAGGACUAACACAAGGAUGCUGCACUGGAAACUCUGUGUGCUUCUCAUUUUACAGGUGGCAUGCUCACUGGUGAGGGGUGAGAGUACUUGUUCCCAAUGUGACCGUGGCAUACUGAGAUGUCGGAAGAUCACCGGCAUCUACACUGUCAAAUAUCUCAGCCAGGGCUACCAUCCUGUUAUAGAUAUACCAGAAGGGGCGUGUAACGUCAAUAUCACAGAACUCAAAACCAGCAGGAACUACCUGGCUUUAAAAGGUAACAAAGGGCACUGGAUAUUGAAUGGUAGAUGGGUAAAGAACAAACCAGGGGAGUACCUUGGGGCAGGAACACGGUUUCAGUAUGACAGAGACAGCUCCAGGUGUCCCAACGAGUGUAUCUGGGCACGGGGACCACUCAAACAUAAGGUUACUGUACAGCUAUUGUAUGCAUGGACAAAUGAAGGUAUCACAUACGAUUUCACCCUGCCCCCCAAUGUGGAGUAUACAUCUCCCACCAAUCUGGUCCCCGCCGGGCAAAACGUUCAUAGGCAUCGCCAUGGUCAUCAUCAUCGCCGGACACAUCACCCGUCCUCAAACACACAAAACCAUUCAAGCACUGCUCUGAAUCAGAAUAACAAUGAAGAGCAUUCUAGUAUAAAGACUGAUUCCAGCUUUUCUCACCAAUCAGCUGUGCCGCCAUCUACAUAUUUGGGGUCAAAGGGUAGAUUUGAUCAACAACAACCUGGAAAUAUUCGCCUCCAACCACACCCAGAGUAUGUGUCUCCUUUGGAAACAGACUCCGGUUACCAGGCUUUACGGUCAGCAGGACAAAGUGUGAGAUAUGGGGUAAUCCCACAGUACACUGACCACACGGAGGAACUGACCGGUGGGGAGGGAGGCAGGAGUCGGCCCCUAGAGAUCCCAACAGGGUCGGACAACUCUCUUGUCCUUCAGAGUCUGUAUUCAUGGAGGAUAUCAGGCUUCACUGCUUGUACACAUUCUUGUGGAUCAGGUACACAGGAGACAGAAAUUGUGUGUGUGCUGAAAACGACACAGGUCCAGGUUACGGAUGACAACUGUGACAUAACACUGCGCCCCGCCAAACAGACCGUCACAUGUAACAAGUCACCAUGUCCUCCAGAGUGGGAACUCCACCCCUGGUUGGAGUGCUCGGUGACAUGUGGACGGGGAACACAGUCACGGCGGGUGGAGUGUCAGAGACGGAUCUCCGGGGAGAAUCAGAUCAGUGUUUCCGCAUCUCUUUGUGAUGCUGGAGAAAAACCUGCCACUGUACAACAGUGUGAGAAUGAGCCGUGUAGUCGAUGGAAGACUGGAGAAUGGGCACAGUGCUCUGUGAACUGUGGUACCGGAGAAAAACAGAGAACAGUCCAGUGUGUCGACUCCCGCGACAGACCUGUUAGGGCAGAGCUAUGUGACUCCCCCACCCCUCGGGAUACAGAGACUUGCAACCAGGGGCCAUGCGAACAUCACUGGUUCUUCUCAAAGUGGUCACACGAGUGUUCCAGGUCAUGUAAUGGAGGAGUACAGACUCGGAGCGUCCACUGUGCCACCAUUCGUGGCUAUAAGGCCCUUGAUGUUAACUGUGACUUUGACAGCCGGCCUAGGGACCAACAGCAGUGUCAGAAUAGCAGGAGUAUACGUCACUGUGGUUAUGACUGGUUUGCCGGCCCCUGGAGUCAGUGUUCCACUUCCUGUGGUGAAGGUGUGAAGUCGCGUCAUGUCUUGUGUCUGGCUGUGGGAACCAAUCAGAACAGCCGGGCUGUGUCACAUGAUCUGUGUGAUAACAGUACAAAACCAGUAUCCCAGGAACCCUGCCACAAGUCUUCCUGUGGAGCACAGUGGCACAUGUCAGAAUGGACACAGUGCCCUGUGACCUGUGGAGAGGGUCAGGUGACACGUACUGUGAUGUGUCUGGAUGAAAAUAAACAGCCUUCAAACAGUUGUGACCAGUCUGACCGCCCACCAUCAAGAGACACCUGUAAUCAGAGGGAAUGUAUUGAUAGUCUGUCAGACACAGAUCCUUCCUGUAAGAAUCGCUAUGGUAACUGUCAGCUGGUCGUUCAGGCUCGCCUUUGUCGCUAUGACUACUACAGAAAGAUUUGUUGUGCUGCAUGUUACCAUGAAAAAACAAUUAACUGACUUAACAGUUGACACAUAAACUGAUAUUAAACACAUAUCUGCCUACAAAGAUAUUCCGCAUUCCAGACACAUCGCCUAACGAUGGAGGACCUCAGUCAAAGUAUUCAGUAGUUAGAGAUCCUAGGGUCAUAGGAUCUUGAAAAUAGGUCACUGUGUGAAUAUUCUCAAGAUUCUGGUAUUUUAAGGCUUUUGUUUGGUGGUUAAGACUAAAAAUAGUCUUAUGAGAGGAGCUUUAGUGUGAUACAAUGUAGACAUAUUUAGCAUUGAUAUAGUGAAUGCAAAAGGUAUAUCGAGUCCAAUUUGUGCAUUUGAAGUCCCAAGACAAUAUUGCAGCAUUUUGUGUGUAUGUAUAUAGAUGGGAAAGUUCUGUGAAUAUAUAUUGAUGUUAAUAUGUUGUGUCAACGCCUGAAUGAUCACUGUUUCUCAUUUGAAAUUGUGAAUGCCAUCAUAAUAUUUUUUUUUGUCUUUUUUUUGUUGGUAUAUUGGCAAUUUAAUUGAGAUUGGAAAUUGAUUGAAUGAUAUGAAUUCAGUGGAGCAAACCUGUACCUAAAAGAGUUUAAAUUAAAAUAAACCAAAUCAUGUUAAACUUUGUACAGUGGAUAUAUAGGAGAGAUAGACUUGUAUAGUUCGUUAUAACCUAAAUUGAUAUACCUGUAUAGAUUAGCUUUUUAAUUUUGUACGUAAAGUUAUGAGCUCCCUAAAUCAUAUUAUACACAGUUUAUGGCUAACCCUACUGGGAUGUUUAUACAACAGCAGAAAAACCGUAGAUAUACAGCUGUUCCUGUGACAAUCAGAAAACCGCACCGAAAAUUUAAUACAGUAGCUUUUUGUAAUUUUGUAUAAAUACCUAGAUGUCUUAAUGAUAAAUGUUUUAGAAUUACUUCAUGCAAAAGUAUACAUCAAACUGCUGUUAUAGCAAUAAUUACAGAGAUUCUCUGUCAAGUAAGAGUAUAGCCUUGUAAAAUUCAAGUGUCAGACAAUUUUGUAUUCAAGUUUUCUUGCCUACAACUGAUUUGAAUCUCUGAAAAAAAAGGGUUGUAUCAGUAUAAUUGUGAAAAAUAUGCUAAUAAAUGUUCCUGUUCUUAUUGAAGGGUUGGGUAUAUUUUAACCAGACCCAAAUCUAUAAGCACUACUAGACAUUGCCAAAAUGCUACUGUUUUCUGACUGCAACAAAAUCUUUGGGCUGUGAUCUUGUAUCUGUGGCUGUUACAGUGACAUGAUGUUUUCCUCAUACCUGAUGUUAUGUAUACGCUAUUCAAUUUUUUUCUCCUAUUUUAAAAACUGAAAAUAAAUUCUAUGCAUUGUUGCACAAUCCAGUUACUGCUCACACUUUCUUAUCUUUAUGAUUCCACAGAAUUUGGAUAUACAUGUAGAAUCACUGGGUUAAUAAUUUUUCUGACACCAGAUCUUGCUUGAUUUGAGAGAAUAUUGUUUGGUACAGUACCUAAUUCAUAUGUAUAUAGAAAUGUAUGUACUUUGUCUAUGCAAUUUAGUGUGUAAUUGUUAUCAUUGUGUAUUGUAGAUAUUUAUUUUUCUGAUUUAACUGCUUUUUAUGCUCAAUAAAAGGAUUCUAUCAACUUUUUCCUAUCUGAAUUAUCUCCCCUUAUUACAAUGAUAAACCCAGUUUUUCUGGGCUGUAGGUUAUAAAUCUUACGUAAUAAUCUGAUAUUUUCAGAUUUAUUGAUAAUCUAAAUACAUGCACUCUUUUUAGGAUUAAUCAGAUGUAACAUUUUUGAUGUUGGUAAUUAUUUACAUGGUUAUCGUAAAUACCUGAGUUAAUGAGAAGAUCGAUGGAGUACUGUGGGGUUUUUGUUGUUUUUUGUUGUUUUUUUUUCUUCAGAAUUCCGAUUCUUAGAAACAAAAAAGUUUACCUGCUAGCUAUUAAGAUAAACUGAAAUAUCCAUGUUUUGUUUGCAAAUUAACAUAUACACUUUUUUGGGGCACUUGUUUUUCAAAAAAUUUUAUUAUUGCAAAUAUAUGCAGUAUUACAUGUAUCAUAUACUGCCAGUGUAGUAAUAUU